UCCCUUCCUCUACAAAACAAAACAAAAAAAACUCUGCAGUCAGCAAUUUCACAGCAGAAAAGAAGAGAGAAUUAAAAUUAUCUCUCUCUCCUUUUCACACACACAGAGUGGUUUAGAAGAAAAUAGGAUCUAAUGGAGUACGAAAGGAUUCACAAAGUGCAGAGUGGUAUAAUAUCUCCAAGUAAGCUGAGGAUGAAGCUUAUAGGGCCUCACCAUCAAAAGAAGAAGAAAGAAGGAUCAAAUAGUCAUUCCUCAACAACUUCACCUGCUAGGCUUCACGACGAUUCUGAGUUUGUCAACAACAGUUUAUUGGCUGCCCAAAGUGGUGGAGAUUUUGAGGAAGAGUAUUGCAAUUUAGAAGCUACAGAAAAUAAAUUGCCAGGAAAUUCUAGGCAAGGUGACGAGGAUUUGAAUUCUUGCCUGCCAAAAGUAAAUGGAGAUUCUGCUCGUGUGAAAAGACAGCAAUCUUCCAAGAUGGAUGGCGGAAAUUCUAGUUCAGUCCAUCCAGUUAAAGGAUGUGAAGAUGAGAAUUUUGAUUAUGAUAGUACAUCCAGCUUUGAGUUUCAUAAAGGGGAGAGAUCAAUGCACCACCAUUCAAUAACAUCAAGGUCAUUUUCACGCCCUAUGUCUUCCAAGUGGAAUGAUGCCGAGAAGUGGAUAAUGAAUAGGCAAAAUGUGCAACCUAAUCAUUCCAAGAAGGUUCAAUUACAGAACCAACCAUACCGGGGCCCUGCCACUAGCAUGGUUAGAGUUGCUCCAGAAUCGACUAGUUAUGAAAGUAAAUUGGCCGUUAAAAAGGUAGAUUUUUGUCAACCGGCAUGUCAGUUAGUCCCCGAGAAGUUUGAUUUUGAUCAUCCUGGUUCUCAAAGUCGAGGAAACGGGCCGAAUGCCGUGUCACUUGACCUUUGCCCUGAAAGUAAGGAUUUGACUGAGGUGGUCAGUGGGGACUCUUGUUUGACUGAAGAUAGAACAGUUGGCCCUGCAAUAAGAUCAGUCUCCAUGAGAGAUAUGGGAACAGAAAUGACACCUAUUCCAAGUCAAGAACCUUCAAGAACGGCUACACCUGUUGGUGCAACAACUCCACUCCGCAGUCCCACUUCUUCAAUCCCAUCUACACCUCGUAGAGGAGAACCAGUUCCGACGCCUACAGAGAAUUACAUUGACAAUGCUUCUCAAACUUCAACAGAAAACAAUAAAAGGGAAUUGUCGGAGGAAGAAUUAAAGAUGAAGACAAGAAAAGAGAUUGUAGCCCUUGGUGUCCAACUUGGUAAAAUGAAUAUAGCUGCUUGGGCGAGCAAAGAUGAGAAGGAUAAAAGCAAGGCUGAUGCUGCUGAGGCUGAACGAAUGGAAUAUGCUAAAAGGGCAGCUGCUUGGGAGGAAGUGGAAAAGUCAAAAGACACUGCAAGAUAUAAGCGUGAAGAGAUAAAAAUCCAAGAUUGGGAAAGCCAGCACAAAGCAAAGCUAGAGGCAGAAUUGAGGAAAAUAGAGGCACAAGUUGAACAAAUGAGAGCACAAGCUCAAGCAAAGAUGGUGAAGAAGAUUGCAAUGGCAAGACAAAAAUCAGAAGAAAAGCGUGCUGCAGCUGAAGCUAGAAGAAAUCAGCAAGCUGAAAAAACUACAGAGCAAGUUCAAUACAUACGCCAGACAGGUCGACUUCCUUCUUCGUCUUUCACAUGUUGUGGCUGGUUAUGAUAAGAAAGAUUAAGCAGCAGCUGGAAUGCAGAUCGUAAUCAAGUUUCACAUGCACAUUAAACUUUCGAGUUAGCCUCUCUCAUAAUGUCUGGUUUUGUAUUAACAGAAAGUCUAGUAUCAUGUUGAACAUUGUCCAUCCUUGUAUCUAUAUUUUUGCAACCUGCAAAUAUAAGUUUUUACAUGGAAUGAAGUUUGGGUUGGUCAUUGA